AUGGACCCGACCCUCUUAAAAACUCAACCUGACAAGUUCAGUGGGGCCCAGGGUGGCCCACAGUGCAAAACCGACCACCAGAGGGGGGGGGGGGGUGGCCACCGGCAGACUGGCCAGCAAGGCGCGGUGGCACUACCCAAUCAGCAGUGCACCGUCGGACUGGCCAGCAGGCUAUGGCGGCACAGCCAGAUCGGUGCCUCAUCGCUGAUGGGUAUAGCGAGGCGCGGCAGCACACCGACGCCAGCCGAGCAUGUCACUAGCAAUCCAACAGGAGGCACUGGUGCAGGUAAACAGCUUCAUGGCUUUGCUGUCCGCCACUUCUUGGAUGGGAAUGUCUUUGUUGGCACUGCUCUGGUGGACAUGUAUUCGAAAUGUGGCGUGAUAGAUUAUGCUGAAAGGGUGUUCAAUAGGAUACCAGAGAGAAAUUCGGUCACUUACACCACCAUGAUAUCGGGUUAUGGUCAGCAUGGGCUUGCCGAGAGAGCUCUAUCAUUGUUCUAUGCAAUGCCAAAGACUGGAAUGAAACCUGACACUGUCACCUUCAUUGCGGUCUUGUCAGCUUGCAGCUAUGCUGGAUUGGUUGAUGAGGGUCUCAGAAUAUUUGAGUCUAUGGAGAAGGAAUAUGGGAUUCCAGCAACGCCUGAACAUUAUUGCUGCAUUGUGGACAUGUUAGGGAGGGCUGGGAGGGUGGCGGACGCCUAUGAGUAUGUUAGCGAGAUGGGUGAUGAUGGAAAUUUGGUGGGAGUCUGGGGGUCAUUGCUUGGGGCUUGUAGGAUUCAUGGAGAGUUUGAAUUGGGGAAGUUGGUCGCAGAAAGGCUGAUUGAGAUGGAGAGUGGAAAGGAUGUGGGGGGGUAUCACGUUUUGCUGUCAAAUAUCUAUGCUGAAGAAGGAAAUUGGGAGAAUGUUGACAGGGUGAGGAAAGGGAUGAGAGAGAAGGGUUUGUGGAAGGAGGCUGGGCGUAGUUGGAUCCAGGUUGGUGGUAUUGUGCACUAUUUCAUGUCUAGGGACCAAAUGCACCCACAACGGGAUGAGAUAUACACAAUGUUGGAAGAGUUGGUUGUGGAGAUGAAGGCAGCCGGUUAUGGGCUUAGUGUUUGUUCAAACAUGGAUGAGGCGUUUGAGAACGAGGAGUGAGCUUUGUUCUGUUUUGGAGGAAUUCGAUGACAUUUAGAACAAUGAACGAGGAUUUGUUGAGCAAUUUGCAGGUGAGUGGAUUGCUAGUGACUGGUGAAGUACAUGUGGAUGGAGUGGUUGAAGGAUUACAUGUGGGUGUGGUUUGGGAUC